CUACAGCUUAUGGGAAUUCAUAAAUGGUACUCAUCUUCUAUUUACUCAUCAGUCUUAUUAUGCAUGCAACAUCUAGGUUUCUCUUCUCAUGGCAACACUACCGGCGAGAUGAAUCCACCAACUCUAAAAUGAUCAUAUAGCUAUUUCAGGACGCGUAUACUUUGACUGCACUAUCGUCUUCCUCAAGUCUUCAGACCUCAUGCUUUUCAUGUUGUAAUCAUAUGGCAGUUUCAUCAAAUCUGGAUUAGACAUCAUCUGCAAAAUAAGCGACAAGUGAAUACCAAUUGGUACUGAAAAAAGUACACAAACUGGCAACCCAUAAGAAUGAUAUCUGUUACACGAAACAAAUCUGAGAUUGCCAGAGUGAAUUACACUUAAAGUGUCCAGGUUGUGACAAGAAGAAGCAUAAGAAGCUACAAUCCUUAACUAAAAAGAACUACUUCAUUCUUUCUUAUAAGGAUUUCUCAAUUUUCUGACAGAAAAGGGAGCUAGAUGGAACAAACCAUCACUAUCCUAAAAAAUCACAUAGAAAAUUUUCGAUUUCAAACAUUUAUAACAACCAAUUUUCUUCCAAACCAAAAUCUAAGCUACAGAACAACCAGAAGAGGCAAGCUUUAAUCAGAAAAACUCCCAAGUCAAGAGCUGGAGUCAGGUAAGAGUAGAGCUCUGGAGCAGUGACGAGGUAUGAAUUAGCAUGUUUCUGCUGGUGGCGAGGAAUGUCCCGAGGAUCAUGACAAUGAACUUCAAUCGAGUUUUGGGAUACCGUGAACAACACAAAAUGAAAUUCACAGGGUUUUGAACAAACAUAAAACCCAGAAACAAGAACUAAUUAAAAGAUAUAAGAAAGAACCUUGGAUACGUGGCCCCCCUCCGCCGACUGAAAGAAGUGAUCAAGUUGAGAAGCGAAUUACCAACAACCGCUGCCAACCAUUCAGAUCAGUGCAUGAUUGACGCCACCGCCGAUGUCGGCUACCUUCAUCUAACCCAUUGUCAACGAAGUUGUAAGUGGUUUCCCGCCUACUUGUAUGAGCAAAAAAUAGCCCCUAAUAUUGCAGGGAAUUGAGGAAGACAAUGAUUAAUGGAGGCUGAUGGAAGAGACUGGAGAUUGGAUUAGCAAAGGAAAAGUCGCCGGAGUGCGAGACAGACGAUGAUGUUUGGUCGGGGUUUCGUUUUGUGUUGUUUUAGGUUACUGGAGAAAAACAAUUGAAGAGAAAAUUCAGAUGAAAAAAUGAAUUACUGGAAGAAAAUAACGCAGAAGAGAAGACAGAAGAGAGGACCGUCUGAUUGGGUGAAUGAUGGGUUUGGACCAUCGGGUUUGAACCUACGUUUAUUAAACUAAACCAGUGCCACAUCAGCUCCAUGUAGCCCAAUCAGAAAAGGCGUCACCGGUGCCACACUUUUUAGAACGGCAUCGAACACAUAUAAAACGGCGUACGUGGGCCACACGGCCCACAUGGCUGGAAGACUGGCACCCAAAGCUAUUAGGAUUUAGGAAGGCGCGACCCGAAACCUCGCGCCAUUUCCGCUCGCUGAAGGAGAUACCGGACAGAAGUUUCAACCUUCAAGCCCCAAGAAUGGCGAUCUGCUCUCCAAUCCCUCUCAAGCUCCUCGUCAAAACUCGCUCUGUCGUUUGCCUCUCUUCCUGCCACCGCCGUCUCCUCUCUACUGAAAUUACCCCCGUCGUUUCUCCACCACAGCCGCCGGCGGAACAGGAAGCUCCGGUAAUAAAGCAAGCUUUGGAGAUCCUUCGGAGGCCGGAAAAAGAAUGGGAUGCAGCGCAACUGAAUCAAAUCCUCUUCUCCGCUUCCCCUUUCUUCCUCUUCAAAAUCGCCCGCCGGUUGCCGUCUUCCUCGCAAGCUCUCAAAUUCCUGCAGUUCCUCCGACAGAGCAGCAGCGACCCUUCGCCGCCGGAUGAACGAUCGCUAUCUCACGCGUUGCAGGCUGUCUUCGAGCUCGCUAGUCGGGAACCCAAUUCGACACAGAGCGUCUACGAGGUUUACACGGCUUCCAGGGAUUUGGGCGUCCAACUUACCCCAAAUGCCGCCGCGAUUCUCCUCCGAUGCCUGGGGAGAAACGGGAUGAUGAGCGAAGCCGAGUCUUUCUUCAACGGGUUCGAUUCGGCGGUCAAGAAUUCGCAUGUUCGCAAUGUGUGGAUCAAAUUGCUGCUCCAAUCAGGUCGUUUCGAUGACGCACUCAAGGUGCUCGACGAAAUGCUCCAACCAAGUACAACCUCCGACUGCAAAGUCGAUGACUUCACAGCAGCUCAGUUUUUCACGUUUUUCUUGAAUUGGAGGAGCCACGGGAGGCUAAUACCCGAAGAAGAGAUGAUCGAUUUGGUGUUGAAAUUCGCUCGACUCGGUGUCUUCCCCACCUCGGUUUGGACUUCUCAGUUCGUCGCCAUGCUGUCUUGGAAGCGCAAAAUAAACUCUGCUUGGAAUCUCUUAGAUGAACUAAUGAAGUUAGAAGCUCCAGUUGAUGCAGCUCCUUGCAAUGCCUUGUUGAUAGGGCUAGGAAAAGAGAUGGACAUUAAAAAAAUGAACGCAGUUAUGGUGAAGAUGAAGGAAGCAGAAAUUCAGCCAGACGUGGUCACAUUCGGGAUUCUCAUCAACCAUCUCUGCAAGCACAGGAGACUAGAUCAAGCACUUGAGGUGCUCGACAAAAUGCAGGGGGAGAUGUCAAUUGAACCAGAUGUCGUGAUCUUCAACACCAUAAUUGAUGGGCUCUCCAAAGUCGGCAGGCAAGAAGAAGCAUUUGAAUUGGUCGAGAAAAUGAAAUCUCAACACCGAGGCUGCUCCCCCAACACAGUCACCUACAACUGCUUGAUUGACGGAUUCUGUAAAGCAGGCGAGAUCGACAAAGGGAUCAACUUAUUCCACGAGAUGCAGGAAAUGGAACUCGUUCCUAAUGCCAUCACGGUUAACACUCUAGUCCACGGGAUGUGCAUGUAUGGAAGAACAAGCAAUGCAGUUCGGUUCUUCUAUGAGAUGAGAAGCAAAGGCCUUUGGGGCAAUGCAGUUAGCUACACCUCGUUGAUCGAUGCCUUCUGUAAAGUGAACAACAUCGCCAGAGCGAUUGAGAUCUUUGAUGAAAUGGUUACAGAUGGGUUCCCUCCUGAUUCAUACGUAUACUACACUUUGAUCUCAGGGUUGACCAGAGCUGGAAGAAUGAACGAGGCGUUGACCUACUUCCAGACCUUAAAAGAUUCUGGGUUCUCCCCUGACGUAGUCUGCUACAAUGUCUUGAUCUCAGGCCUAUUCAAUACAAACAAGGCUGACAAGGCCCGAGAGAUCUUUGAAGAAAUGGAAAAGGCUGGUGCUAGACCAGAUGGUGUGACCUACAACACCCUGAUCGCUUAUCACGCGAAAGAUGGAAACUUUAUCGAAGCACGGAAGCUACUGAAGAAGAUGGUUAAAGAAGGCCACGUUCCUACUGUGGUAACUUAUGGAGCUUUGAUCCAUGCUUACUGCUUGAACCAGAAGGUGAACGAAGCAAUGGCUUUGUUCAAGGAGCUAAGGGGUUCAUCGAAGGUGACUCCGAAUGGUGUGAUCUACAACAUAUUAAUAGAUUGCUUGUGCAAGAAGCAAGAUGUGCAGCAGGCACUUGCGUUGAUGGAUGAUAUGGAGGUGAGAGGAGCGAAGGCGAGUGCCAAUACGUUUAAUGCGGUGUUUAGGGCUUUAAGGGAAGAGAGGAUGGUGAAUAAAGCGUUUGAGUUGAUGGAUAGAAUGGUUAGACAAGGUAUUAAUCCUGAUUACAUGACGAUGGAUAUUUUGACCGAGUGGUUGUCGGGAAUUGGUGAGAUGGAGAAGUUGAGGAGGUUUGUUGAAGGGUGUACUGUCUCUGAAGGUGAUCAUGCUGCUGGUGGUGCUGCUGCUGCUGCUGCAUCAUAGCAUUUGCUCUUGAAGAUCCCUUCUUGGCUUUGAAAUUAGGGCCGCUUUUAGUGGUUUCAUAAUAAUCAGUAAGUGAUGUUGGUUUCAUUCUGUAGUGGGCAUGAUUUGGAAUAGGGUUUCAUUUUGUUCUUAUUGCUAGAACAAACUCUUGAGAGAUGUGAGAGCGCUCGGUGCCUGACGUGUAUUUGCUUGAGCUAGUGUGUGUUAUAGUUGAUUUUGUAUUAUGCAGCAAUCGUUUCCAUUAUUCAUUAAUUUAGUUCGGCCCACGUACUUAAACAUCAGUCUUCGAUCGUACAAGGUUGACUACGUGUAUUUCGUAGCGCUGCAACUAAUGAUGUAUCAUUAAUAAAUAUAUUGAGGUUAG